AUGGGUAGCUUUGCAGCCAGGUGGAGGGUUCUAAGCGGCGAGGACGAGUGGGAGGGUCUGUUAGACCCUCUCGACAUCGAUCUUCGCCACUACAUCAUUCAUUACGGUGAAAGGGCUGGAGCCAUUAGUUACGGAUUCAUUGACAAGCCAACAUCAAUUUCGAAGAAUAUCGGACUUCCCCGGUAUGCCAAGAGAAAUUUAUUCUCUAAGGUGGGUUUGGAGACAGGCAAUCCAUACAAGUACGAGGUGAAGAAGUAUUUGUAUGCAGCAACAAGAUUUGCACCUGGGAAAUCAAGCUUGUUGGGAUUUGUUGCGGUGUCGACGGAUGAAGGAAGCAAAGUGUUAGGAAGGAGGGACAUUCUGAUUUCAUGGAGAGGAACCAUGUUGGACCAAGAGGUAGAGGUCGACGCUACAAUACUUUUUUUCUCAGCUUCUGAUAUUCUGGGAAAGGAACAUAAUCCUCAGGUGCACCUUGGUUGGCAUGGCUAUUAUACUAAUCUUGACUCUGAGUCAGCACACAAUAAAACUGCUAGUUGCAGAGAUCAGAAAGACAAUGAUUGUAUUCAUAAAUCAGGCACAAAGACCAUUAGCCACGAAUGCCAGAACAAAUACCACUAA